CUGAAACACGGGCACCUCGAAAGCGUGACCAGGUAGCUAGCCGUAUUGCAUAGCUUCUACUAACAAAUAUUUAAAAUAUAAUAAUAACAAUAUAGUACCAACAUUUAGAAUUUCUGGAUUUUUUUGACCAACAGGAAUGACACACUUUUGUUGUUAGCCCUCCUCGAUUUGAAGCCAUGUCUUUCCAUCAGGAUCGUGGGGGUCCCCGGGGAGGAGUGCCUCCUGGCCAGCACGGUGCCAACCAGAACUACAGACCCACCAACAUAAGGCCGCCCCCUCCCCAGCCUCCAGUUCCUUCCUACCGUUACGAUUCGCAGACUGCCCCCUACAUGCCUCCACACCCUGACUUCAUGCAGUAUCCACCACCAGUUCAAUCCCAAACUUCCAAUUCUCUUAACCAGUGCCCAGUGCGCCCACCUUUCUCGAAGCCCCCCACCCGACAAGGCUUCCCUGAACCGCCACCUAACUUUCCACCUCCUCCCUUACCCGGCUCCGCAGGUGGUCCCGCUCCAAGGGCGCAGGUGUCUGCUCAAAAUGCCUACCACCCUUACAUGAUGCCUCCUGUGCCCCCACCGCCGCUACCACACCCCCCAAUGCCUCCCCCCAUGGCCUCUCAAUCAAUGAACUACCACGCUCCGUACUCCAUGAACUACCCCCAUCCUCCUCACCCUCCAUUCCCUCCUCCUACCUUCAGCUCCAGCUACACCCAAAGCAACACCCAGUUUCAAGCAGACCACAGCAUCAGGCAUGGGGGGCAGUACAAGUACGAGAAGCCCAUGGACAGCAGGAGGUCCCCAGAAAGAGGGUAUCGGCACGAUGAUCACAGGCGGAAGUGCUUUGGCUAUGGAGGCCACGGCGACAGGCACAAAAUGGAAUUUCCUGGAGAGAGGAAGGACCGCGGGAGAAGUCCAGACAGGCGCAGCAGGCAAGAGGGUGGGCGGUAUAGGUCUGAAUACGACAGAGGCCGGACUCCCCCCAGACACAGGAGCAGGGAUCGCAGCAGAGAGCGGUAUCGGCACAGAGACAGUCGGAGAUCCCAGUCACCCGACAGGCACAGAAAGAGGCCUCGAAGCCGGUCAACGAGCAGAGACAGGAAACGUGGUCGCUGGGAGGAGGAGAGGGACAGGAGGUCAGAGAGCUCCUCGGGGCUGAGCAGAGAGCGCAGCUUCUCCGCCAUAAGGAGCAGAGACUCUGAUGAAGCCUUCAGCGACAGAGACCGAGAGCGGGAGAGAGAGAGGGAACGGGACAGGGAGCGAGAAAAAGUGAAGGAGAAGGGCGAUGACGAGAAAGAAGAGGAAGACCUGCUGAAACCUGCCUGGAUUCGGUGCACCCACGCAGAGAACUACUAUUCCAAUGACCCCAUGGACCAAGUGGGAGACUCUACAGUGGUGGGAACGAGUAAACUGCGUGAUCUGUACGAGCGCUUUGAGGAAGAGCUGGGAAACAGACAGGAGCGAGCCAAGGCUGCUCGACCCAAAUGGGAGCCGCCCAAGACCAAACUGGACGAGGACCCAGAUGACAGCAGCAGCGACUCAGACUGUGAGUCAGAAGGCGAAGGAACCACCUGCUCCAGCAGCUCUGACUCAGAGGUUUUUGAUGUCAUCGCUGAGAUCAAAAGGAAGAAAGCUCACCCCGACCGGCUGCACGAGGAGCUCUGGUACAAUGACCCCGGGGAGAUGAAUGAUGGUCCCCUGUGUAAGUGCAGUGCCAAGGCCAGACGUACAGGGAUCCGCCACAGCAUCUACCCGGGGGAAGAGCCUGUGAAACGGUGCCGUCCAAUGAACAACAACGCUGGCAAACUGUUCCACUACAGGAUCACUGUGUCACCUCCCACCAACUUCCUGACCGACAGGCCGACAGUGAUUGAGUACGAUGACCACGAGUACCUGUUUGAAGGCUUCUCUCUCUUCUCCCACACUCCUCUCACUAACAUUCCAUUGUGCCGUGUGAUCCGCUUCAACAUAGAUUACACCAUUCACUUCAUAGAGGAGAUGGCACCGGAGAACUACUGCGUCCGAGGCCUGGAGCUGUUUGCCUCCUACUUGUUCCGGGAUAUUCUUGAGCUUUAUGACUGGAACCUGACAGAUCCGGAGUCUGACGGGGAGGUCUCUGGAUGCCCACGGUUCCAUUUCAUGCCACGUUUUGUCAGAUUUCUGCCCGAUGGCGGGAAGGAGGUGCUGUCAAUGCAUCAGGUGCUGCUCUACCUACUACGCAGCAGCAAGCCCCUGGUCCCUGAGGAGGAGAUUGCAGAUAUGCUGCAGUGGGAGGAGCUGGCGUGGCAGAAGUACGCCGAGGAGUGCAAGGGCAUGAUCGUCACCAACCCGGGCAUGAAACCGAGCUCUGUGCGCAUCGACCAACUGGACAGGGAGCAGUUCAACCCAGACGUCAUCACUUUCCCCAUCAUCGUUCAUUUUGGGAUACGGCCCGCGCAGUUAAGCUACGCUGGAGACCCCCAGUAUCAGAAGCUGUGGAAGAGCUACGUGAAACUACGCCACCUGCUGGCCAACAGCCCCAAGGUCAGGCAGAUCGACAAGCAGAAGAUGACACAGAGAGAGGAAGCUCUUCAGAAGAUCCGUCAGAAGAACACGAUGCGCCGAGAGGUCACAGUGGAGCUCAGCAGUCAGGGCUUCUGGAAGACUGGCAUCCGCUCCGACGUCUGUCAGCACGCCAUGAUGCUCCCCGUUCUCACCCAUCAUAUCCGCUACCACCAGUGUCUCAUGCAUCUGGAUAAGCUCAUCGCCUAUGUCUUCAAGGAGCGCUGCCUCCUUCAGCUGGCCUUAACUCACCCCAGCCAUCACCUCAACUUUGGCAUGAAUCCCGACCACGCCCGCAACUCGCUGUCCAACUGCGGCAUCCGCCAGCCCAAAUAUGGCGACAGGAAGGUCCACCACAUGUACAUGAGGAAAAAAGGAAUCAACACAUUGAUUAACAUCAUGUCUCGUCUGGGACAGGAUGACCCCUCCCCUUCCAGGAUCAAUCACAACGAGAGACUGGAGUUCCUCGGUGAUGCUGUUGUCGAGUUCCUCACCAGUGUUCACCUGUACUACCUUUUUCCCAGUUUAGAGGAGGGUGGCCUGGCCACCUACAGAACGGCCAUCGUACAGAACCAGCAUUUGGCCAUGCUAGCCAAGAAACUGGAGCUGGAUCGCUUCAUGCUCUACGCUCACGGACCGGAUCUGUGCAGGGAGUCGGACUUGCGGCACGCCAUGGCCAACUGCUUUGAGGCUCUGAUGGGGGCCGUGUAUUUGGAAGGAGGCUUGGACGAGGCCCGGCAGCUCUUUGGGAGGCUGCUUUUCAACUCUGAGGAUCUGCGGGAGGUCUGGCUCAACUACCCACCACACCCCCUGCAGGUACAGGAGCCGCAGACAGACAGGCAGCUGAUUGAGACGUCGCCGGUCCUCCAAAAACUGACCCAAUUCGAGGAGUCUAUCGGAGUUUUGUUCACACAUGUGCGCCUGCUGGCCAGAGCCUUCACCUUAAGGACCGUGGGCUUUAACCACCUCACCCUGGGCCACAACCAGAGGAUGGAGUUCCUGGGAGACUCCAUCAUGCAGCUGGUAGCCACAGAAUAUCUCUUCAUCCACUUUCCUGACCACCAUGAAGGACAUUUAACACUCCUCCGUAGCUCCCUGGUAAACAACCGCACGCAGGCCAAAGUGGCCGAGGAGCUGGGAAUGCAGGAGUUCGCCAUCACCAACGACAAAACCAAACGUCCAGUCGCGCUGCGGACCAAGACUCUGGCCGACUUGUUGGAGUCUUUCAUCGCAGCUCUCUACAUUGAUAAAGACCUGGAGUACGUGCACACAUUCAUGAACGUCUGCUUUUUCCCUCGACUGAAGGAGUUCAUUCUGAACCAGGACUGGAACGACCCCAAGUCUCAGCUGCAGCAGUGUUGUUUGACCCUGAGAACAGAGGGCAAGGAGCCUGAUAUCCCACUCUACAAGACCUUGCAGACGGUGGGGCCGUCGCACGCGCGCAUUUACACCGUCGCCGUGUAUUUCAAAGGAGAGCGAAUCGGCUGUGGCAAAGGCCCAAGCAUCCAACAGGCAGAAAUGGGAGCUGCGAUGGAUGCGCUCGAAAAAUAUAACUUCCCACAGAUGGCUCAUCAGAAGCGCUUCAUCGAGCGGAAAUACAGGCAGGAGCUGAAGGAGAUGAGACGAGAGCGGGAGCGGCAGGAGAAGGAAACCGAAGACUCGGAAGAGUACAGGAAGUGACAGCGCCUUCUUUGGGACAGCCAAUCAGGACCCGGGUCCACAUUAGGGAGCCUUCUCUGCAGAUGUUGCAGCUGUUCAGGCAAGAGCUAGCAAAACGGAGGUGCCACUAGUUGAUCAUGAAGAUGUAGUAAGGAAGAUAGAUGGGUUUUAGGUAGGGAUCAACUGGGUCAAAGUGACCGUUAGCACAAAUAUUUGGGGGGAAACUAGCUUUGUGGCCAGUAUUUUCAAAGUAAAGGUAGGGCAAAGGGAAUUAGAAAUGAAGCCUCAUGCGUUCAUGUUUUAUGCUGUUUAUCACUCUGGCUCUGUCGAAGGUGGCUUUAUGUUGUCUUAUGUGUGUGUGUGUUAAAUAUAGAGUGGAACCUUUUUAAAAACAAAGCCACAGCAGGACCUCACCGUGUUACUGGCACAUGGCAAAAAAACCCAUUUUUUAAAAUGGAGUAAGAACUGUUAAAUAAACCAUCAGAGCAUCUAUUGUAAAUAAAGUUUCUGAUUCUGGUCCAAAAA